AGAGCCAGCCAGAUUUGAGAAGCAGGCAACAAGAUGCAGGGUUGCAGAGCUGUGAUGCUGCUAUUGCUGCUGUCCUGGACUGUGCAGGGCCUGGCCAUGCCUAGAAGCAACAGUCCUGACUGGGCUCAAUGCCAACAGCUUUCUCGGAAGCUCUGCACACUGGCCUGGAGUGCACAUCUGCCAGUGGGACAUAUGGACCUACUAAGAGAAGAGGGAGAAGAGACUACAAAUGAUGUCCCCUAUAUCCAGUGUGAAGAUGGCUGUGAUCCCGAAGGACUUAAGGACAAUAGUCAGUUCUGCUUGCAAAGGAUUCACCAAGGUCUGGUUUUUUAUAAGCAGCUGCUGGACUCAGACAUCUUCACAGAGGAACCUUCUCUACUCCCUGAUGGCCCUGUGGGCCAGCUUCAUACCUCCCUACAGGGCCUCAGUCAACUCCUCCAGCCCAAAGGUCACCAUUGGGAGACUCAGCAGAUGCCCAGCCUAAGUCCCAGUCAACCAUGGCAGCGCCCCCUUCUCCGCUUCAAGAUCCUUCGUAGCCUCCAAUCCUUUGUGGCUGUAGCUGCCCGGGUCUUUGCUCAUGGAGCAACAACCCUGACUGAGCCCCUAAUGCCAGCAGCUUAAGGAUGGUGCCCAAGCUUCCAUG